AUGGGAGGUGUUAAAGCUGUUAUGAUUGUUGUCGAUAAGUACAAGAUGGCUACUGGUCACAAGAUUGCUAUUCUUAAAAAUGACAAAACUCGUUUUACUGCAAAGUGCGAAGAAGAUUCAUUUUGGGCAUGUGGUUGGAGGAUUCAUUUUGGGCCUGUGAAUGGUGAUACUUCUCGGUUCGUGCUGACAGAUUCUAACGCUCACAGUUCAGUGAGUGAUCCUAGGUUAAAACCCAGACAGAUCAUGUCACUUUUCAAGAAAACUUAUGGGUCCAAUAUUAAGUAUCACCAUGCCCGUAGAGGGAAAGAAGCUGUAUUUGAAGAACCGUAUGGAGAUGACGAGAAGUCGUAUAGCGAUUUUACUUGGUAUGUCAAAGCAAUUGAAGAAACUAAUCCCGAUAGCUAUGUGAAGUUUGAAGUUGAGGAUGGAACCAGUAGAUUUCAUAGGAUAUUCGUUUGUUACGGUGCUUGCAAGCAUAGCUAUAGGUAUCUCAGGCCCAUGAUUUACUUGGACGCUACUUUCCUUACUGGUAGAUACAGGGGUACUCUUAUGGCUGCUACAUGUAUCAACGGAAACAAUGAGUUUUACCCAUUUGCUUUUGCUAUUGUUUCUUCUGAAAACAAAGAUAAUUGGUUUUGGUUUCUGGAGAAUCUUCAACAUGUUGUCGAUGGUCGUCCGAUUGUUUUCCUUAGUGAUCGUGAUGCGAAUUCGAAGCCCGUUCUUGAUUUGUUUUACAAAGCUGCGUACUCUUACACACCAGCAAACUUUGAAGAAGCUUUGAGGGGAAUGCAUGCAAUUGGAGCUGGACAUGUUGCUAACUAUAUCAGGACUAUUCCAAAGGAGAAAUGGGCAAAUGCGUUUUUCCCUGUAUGCAGAUAUGGUGCUCACUCUUCAACUCUUGCCGAGUCCUUUAACAAUUGGGUUCUUUCUUUCAAAAAGUUGCCUGCUUUUGUUCUUCUCGAUGCGAUACGUUUGAAGGUUAUGGAGAAAAUGUCUGAGAGAAGGAUACUAGGUCUGGAAACAUUCAACACUAGGCUCACUCCUGAAUAUGAGGCUUUACUAAAGGAAAACAUCGACAUUGGUCAUACUUGGACUGUUGUUCAGUCCAUGGAAAGAUUGUAUGAAGUCAGGUGGCGAGUGAAUGGUUUUCCUUGUGCGCAUGCUUGUGAUUCCAUUCAAGCUACUAGAGAAGACAUCUAUUUAUUUUUUGAGCCAUACUUCACCACCGAAUGGUACAACAAGACAUACCAGGAGAUCAUCUUGCCAAUCCCCAAUUAUGACAAGCCGCGGUCUUAUGAUCCUAGUGAUAGGGUUAUUGUUCCUAUUCCUGUUCCUCCACCGGGUAGACGAAGAACACAUCGCUUCAAGAAUGCAUAUGAGAAGCAAAAGAGGAAAAUUAUGUGCACAAAUUGCUUCACUCUUGGUCACCAUAACAGAGCUACCUGCCCCAUGCUUUGA